AUGCGAUUCAUCGGGCAAGACAUAAAACUCAAAGUCGAUAAUAUCGAUCGGUUAUCGCUAUGCAAUAGUGAUAUCGAGAAGCUUCCACCUAAGCAUGGGCUGCUGUUUCCGAAUUCUAUCAGGGCGUUGAUUGUAGGACCGUCGGGGUGCGGGAAAACGAAUCUUAUUUUCACGUUAUUGGUUCACGAGAACGGGAUUAAAUUCGAAAAUGUAUACAUUUAUUCGAAAACACUACAUCAAGCCAAAUACAUCAUGCUAGAUAAGAUUUUAUCCGACGUUCCGGGUAUAAGUUUAUUCAAAUUCAACGACAACGAGACGGUGAUACCGCCCGAGAAAGCUCUACCGAAUUCAGUUUUCCUAUUCGACGACGUGAUAACAGAGAACCACAAUAUCAUUAGAUCGUACUUUUCGAGAUCCAGGCAUAAUUUAAUAGACGUGUGUUAUUUAGCCCAGUCGUAUUCGCGUGUUCCGAAACAAUUGAUUCGCGACAAUGCUAAUUUCAUAGUUUUAUUCAAGCAGGACGAAAUGAAUCUGAAACACGUUUACGACGAACAUUGCUCGGGUGAUAUCAAAUACAACGAGUUUAAAGAUUUUUGCAUGACUUGUUGGCGUGGCGGCAGAUUUGAAUUUAUUGUCAUCAGCAGUGAACAUGAGCGUGAUAACGGUCGCUAUAGACACGGAUUCGACACAUAUGUUAUUAUAUAA